GAAAAAUAUUUGAGCGCGUAGUCGUAUUCAGGGUCGUUUGCAGUACGAAGUAUACUUUCUAACUCGGGAUAAUCGUGACGUCAUUUUCUUCGCGAUAUCUGUCUAAUGGUGUCCGGAUCAUUAAGCAACUUUUCUUCCGCAGUCAACAAAACUGCAGGAUCUGCAAAUGCAUUAUGUGAACUUGUAGAAAAGUCUCAAGAAUUUCUGAUUCGUAAUGUCCACUCAUUAGACUUUAUUUUGGAUGACUUUGAUAUUGCUAAAUUCGGAAUUUUACAUGCAGCUGUAAUACAUGCCAAAUAUAUUUCACAGUCAGUUGUUGAUAAAGAGUGGCUAGUAAUCCAAACUCAAAACCUUUUCAAUCUUUGUAACUCAGAGUCUUUGCAAAAAAUUCCAUCUUAUGUUCGUGUAAUUUCACAUGAAUUUACGAACUGCCUGAUUAAUAUGGGGAUUCCACAAAAGGGAAUCAGUUGUAUAGUCACUGCUAUUCACAAACUUCAGAAAUGUCCGGGGUAUCUUACUCCACUACACUGUGAUCUAUGCCAGCUUGGAUUAGCUGCUAGAAUGUUUAGUCCCACUCUUUCAAUUCUCGAUAUUGAUAUUUUAGAAAUUGAUAAAAGCAGUACAGCCCUUGAAGCUAAAGAUUAUCUCCUAUACUUUUACUAUGGAGGAAUGAUUUAUGGCGCAGUAAAAAAUUGGGAAAGAAGCCUACACUUUUUUGAAUUGUGUUUAAUUAUCCCUGCCGUAUCAUCAAGCUGUAUUCUGAUUGAAGCUGCAAAAAAGAUAAUAUUAAUCUCCUUGAUAUUACAUGGGAAAUUCAGUACGGUCCUUGAAACUCCGGCUGCAUAUUUCAUGUCUCCAAGGCCUUGGAAAUGCUACUGUCAGCCAUAUUUAGAACUAGCAACAGCAUUUCGAUCUAACAAUCCUGAGGACUUAACUAAUUUUGUUGAUCUUCAUCGAGAAUUAUUUACAGCUGAUUUCAACUUCGGACUUGUUAAACAAGUAAUAAAGUGUCAUGGAAAAUUUCGUAUCCAGAGCUUAACAAAAACGUAUUUGAUGUUUUACACACUCGAUGCAGAUUCAUGGUCUUGCAUGUUGUUUUACAUUUUUCUUCAUAAAUGUUCGGAGAAUAUAAAUGUUACCCCUCUGAACUGCUGAAAAUUUGAAAGACAUUUUUAGCAGGUAACUGUAAUAUAAUAAGAAUGCUCCCUUAUUAUUGUUUGGUAUGCUUAGUGAAAUAGUAUUGUUUGCAUUUUAAACACAAUAUUACCUACUACAGAUGGUGAUCACUACCCAGUUGGUUUAAAACCUAACUACUGGCUGACAUCGCUAAUCAGCAUGCCCCAACACAAUCUUGCACAAGACGUGCUAUACUGACCAAAUCUAUUUCUCGCUAACAGUCGUCUUUUAGGGUUUUAAUUUUUUUUAUAGUCCCUUCUUACUUGAAAAUAAUAGGAACCAUCUUUUUUUAUUCAUCCAAUUGGUAGACUUUUAUGACACUAUCCCUGACCGAUGUCGCCAUGCGUAUAAAACUUUCUGGAACCCAAGAAGCGGAGAAACAGAUUUUAGAUAUGGCUUGUCUAAAAAUUUAACUACUAAAUCUUGCUCAUUCAGAACUAAGCUCACGUAAGUAACGUAAAACAAGUAGAGCGUAAUCCAAUGGUGUUCGAGCAUUCUAUAAUGUUCAGGUCUUCGUUGCUUUUCAGUUUUAGAAUAAUAAAGUUUCCCCUAUUCGAAAAAAGUCGGUUUUUCACUUUUGAAAGUAUCAUUUAUAAACAGAUUAUCGGAAUAAGAUUCCAGAUUACUAUGUCACAUCACGAACACCUAAGCACUUCAACUAUCAAUAAUCACAGCUUUCGUAAAAAAAAAAUACUUUUUAUACUAAGUGACGCUACGGAAGCGCGAAUUUUGUUCUAUAGCUUAUUUAUAUUUAAGGCACCUGUAAGGACGGCCCGUCGGUGGACUCUAGGAAGCCCAGAAAGAGCCACAGACAUUCCAUCCAAUCACGGC